AUGAAGACCGCCAUCCUGCUGCUGGCCGCGUGCCUGUGCGUGUCCCUGGCGAUCGCCGAUGAGUUCGAGGGCGAUUUCCCCAGGGAGGAAGCCGGGAUCGUGUCCAGGAAGAUGCUGGAUUUCAAGUCACAGAAGUUUUGCGACCCCAACGACAAGGUGAAGACCUGCACCGGAAAAAAUGAGUUCUGCUCGAAGUUGGACCACCCCAAGUGCAAUGUCGUCAAGAAGUGCGAAAAAGUCUGCGUGAAGUACGGCUACAAGAAGAAGGGGAAAUUCUGCGUGAAGUACGGCCAGAAGUGCUCUGACAAAAAGGGUAAGCUGCGCGCCAUGCAGAUAGCACAUGUGGAAAGGUGGAAUACAGAGUCUACCUAA